GCAACGAUCACGGUGCAAGAUGUGGCAGUUAUCAUGGGAAUGCCGGUUGAAGGACAAGCAGUCAUUGGUCAUGGGGAGGGAAAUUGGCCAGCAUUAGUACAUGAGCUGCUAGGGGUUUGGCCGGAAAACCCUCAAGACCCCUCACAGCCGAAGAUCAUCGUUGGAUCGUCAUUGAAGCUGACUUGGCUUCGACAGCAUUUUAGCGCGCUUGAGGAUGAUGCAGAUGAUGUGACGGUUGACAGACAUGCCCGAGCUUACAUCUUGUACCUGUUUGGAUGCAUCUUGUUUCCGGACAAGAGCGGCGACUCGGUACAGUUGAUCUAUCUCCCUCUACUGGGAGACUUGGAGCGCGUAGAUGAGUACAGUUGGGGAAGUGCUACCCUAGCGUAUCUGUAUCGUAACUUAUGUCGAGCAUCUCGUAAGGGUGCCAAGGACAUGGGUGGAUGCUUGAUGUUGUUACAGAUAUGGUCAUGGGAGCACAUUCAUAUAGGGAGGCCCAUUAUUCGGACGGUUCGACCGGAUGGGCAACAUGAUCAGGAAGAUGACGCGGAUGAUUUUGAACCGAUAUUAGGGUCACAGCAUCGGCGCGGGAUGGAUCCUUUGGCAGUAAGGUAGCAACACUCAAUUCACUAUUCAAAUUCAUAAUUUCACUAUUUUAUGAUAGAUGAAAAUGUUAAUCAAUGUUUAUUUGUUUGCAACUGGCUUCGCGUAUAUCUUUCGAGAUCCCACUCCCCACAUACUCUCGUCUACUACAGGGACGCACUAGAUCGACAACGGGACGAGCAGAUGACAUGGCAGCCUUACACAGCGGCUAAGAUGGAAGCUCUACCGCACAUAUGUACAUCGGGCCACGAGAUUUGGAGAUCGC